AGUUGAUAAUUGAUUAUAUUUUUUAGUAAAUAGUAAAUACUUUAAUAGUACUAGUAAAUUUUUGUUAAAAUGAGCAAGAAGUCGUGCUGUGUUGUAAGAUGCAACAACAAUUACAAAAACACAUCAAAUGUAAAGUUUUAUAAUUUUCCAAACAGACCUCACGAACGAGAAUUAAAACAAAAAUGGGUUACAGCUGUUAAUAGAGCAGCCAAAGACGGUCAAUUGUGGUAUCCAAAAUCAUAUACUGUCAUUUGCAGCGAACACUUUGUUGGCAACCAACGUUCAAAACAUCCCGACAGUCCAUCAUAUAUACCAACAGUGUUCCCUGGAAAUAACAAACAACAAAUUGUUGACGCUCAACAGCAGAUCGCCAGGUACGAGCGAAAAAUGAAGCGUCAAAAAAAUGUAAAAUCUAUGUUAAAUACUAGUGAACCUGUAGGUAUAAAAAUUUUAGAGACUUUUUCGUGUCAAACCGCUGAUUUAUGUCGUACUGUUGUAUCACAAGUUCUGUUCGACUUCAGUGACGCUAAAGAGUUUAUAUUUGAAUGUAAUUUUAAUAAAUCCAAUAAUAAUGUUGGCACACAGGCAAACAUUCCAAUAUCUUGUAAUAUUUUUAAAACAUCCAAGACUAAAUCCAAAGAUGCUGCAUGUGGUCCUAAUGUAACAAGUUUAAACAAUGGCUCGUUUCUUGAUUUUCAUUCGAUAAAACUCGAAUCACAAUUAAAAGACUUGACCGGCACUACUUUUAAAGUAUUUAACCUGCUACUUUCCUAUAUACCCAAUUGUUUUUCUUUUUGUAAUACAAUAACCAAAGAAAACAGGCUAAUGAUUUUUCUUAUUACAAUCAAAAUGGGUUUAACAAAUUCAUCAACGGACCCUGAUCGAUGGAUUAGUGUGCUCUUAAAUCUCGAAUGUGCUACUGUUUCACAAAUAUUUCACGAUAUUCUUGAUUCUUUAGUCAGUAAAACAAAAGAUUGCAUUUUUUGGCCAAACGAACAACUUAAACAAAUCCAUCCAAACAAUAUUGGUUGUUUUACAAACUGCACAAUGGUAAAAACAGAAAGUUUGAGUAUAGUUGAGGAACGUGUGUUUAGUUGUAUACAGGGUAUAAAUAUGCUUGUACAAUCACAAAUGUAAUUGACAUAAUUGUAAUAAUAUUUUAAUUUCCUUUUCCACAAUGUGGUAAGGCUAAUGACAAAUUUAUUAAUGAUAUUAAUUUUUUAUUAAACUAUAAAUAUAAGAUUUUUAACUUGUC